AUGAGUGCUUCAAGUUACACUCUAUAUAACUACACGCCUUCGUUGGCGGCAGCUAUUAUUGCCCUUCUGCUAUUCCUCGCUGCCACCGGAAUCCAUAUAUUUCUUGCAGCGAAGCGCCGCACAAAAUUCCUCAUUGCUUUCAUCAUUGGCGGCUUCCUCGAAACCAUUGGAUACGCAGCACGAGCAGUCAGCGCCCACCAACAUCCCAUUUACUCCACGAUGCCAUACGCCCUACAAAGUCUCUUCAUCCUUAUCGCACCGUCCCUCUUCGCCGCAUCAAUCUACAUGAUUCUCGGUCGGAUAAUUGUCUUGACAGAUGGAGACUCGAGAAGUAUCAUUCCAGCACGAAGAAUGACCAAGAUAUUUGUCCUGGGAGACGUGUUAGCCUUUUUCGUUCAGGCUGGUGGUGGCGGAAUUAUGUCUAGCGCCAAAUCCAAUAGCACACUCAAACUGGGAGAAAAGGUCAUUAUUGUCGGUCUCAUUGUCCAAAUCCUUUCAUUUGGCUUUUUCGUUUUUGUUUCCCUUAUAUUCCAUCGGAGGAUCGUUUCCAACCCUACUCCCGCAUCUAUGACUGUACGGGUCAACUGGCACCGAUACUUGAUCGUGCUCUAUAUUGCUAGUGCUAUGGUCAUGAUUCGCUGUGUAUACCGUGUUGUUGAAUACAUCCAAGGUCAAACUGGUGAGCUGCAAAGUCACGAGUACUUUGCUUAUAUCUUCGAUGCGGCGUUGAUUUUCUUGGUCAUGGUUAUUUUCAUGAUAUUUCAUCCCAGUCAAGUGGUGUCGAAACCUGAAAUCGAGGGUUACGAGACUGAAAUUAUGUACAAACAGUCCGAUCAUCAUGGGUCUAGCCUUAGAAUGGAUGUAUAA